AAUUAACACAUUUAGGCACAUCUGCAUUUGUGCAGCUACCCUAGACUAUUUGAAGGGGAGUACAGGGUAUUAAAAAAAAAUAGUUACGUGAUGAUAAAAUCAUCCAUCAAACAGGUAAACAGUAGUCUGCACUGACAAACUCUAGGUGCAUUAUGAGGAUAUCAUCAUGAACACAAGAGUGAAUAAGUUUAGAAAGAUCAAACAAAGUAAUAUCAGUGUGUUGUCUGGUCUGACUGAACAGGAGAGUAACAUCUUGUCUUUAUAUUGCUUGUAUGACCAGUACGUUAUAAUUUGCUCGUUGUAACAACCAUAUAGUAAUAUACGAUUUAAACCAUCGAAAUACAUUUUUGACUAAAUGCGUAUCACUAUAAUUUACUUAUGAAAUAAUUAAUCACGCACUGAUCUUAGUGCUGAAUUUGUAUUCUAAACUAGUAAUUUUCACUAUUUUGAAAACAAAUAAAGCACAUGAUACACUAUUUACAUCUCAAAUUAGUAUACAAAAAUUACGCGAAGCAUCAUUAGUAUUAUGAAAGCAAGUCAUAACUCCACGUGUCAAAGAAAACGAAAUGUUGACGUAGUAAUUCAAGUGAGCGGGUCACUAUAACAGGUCCUCAUACCAACAACAACAACCCUGUAAACCUAUCCAGGUCUCCCAAGGCCAACAGCUGACCUGGCUCAGAAUGCACCCCACAACAGUUGCCUAUCUCCCGGGUGCCUAUUUACCGCCAACAGAAACAUCAAAUUUUUCAACAUAUAACUGACUGAUGGGGAAGAAUAAGUUGCAUACAAGAAAUCCCAGCAAGUCUGGUAAUCCCAUAUAUAAAAAGGCAGGCACUGGAGCUCCUCUCAAGGCCAAAACUAAAGUCAAGCCGGUUAAAACCAACCUCAAGCAGCUGAAAAUUGCCAAUAAGGAGGCUAUUGCAUCAUUAGAUAAGAAACUUGGAUCCUUCCAUAAAGCCAUGCAGACGAAAGAAAAUUCUUCUUUUGAACAACCUGUGAGAUCAUCAGAAAAAGACCCGCCACCUGUCGACAUGGAGGAAACGUCAGAAGAACCGUCAAAGAUGUGAUAUUCGUCAGCAUAAGUAUUGUAGAAUAAUUUGACAUUUACCAGUGGACUGUUUACAAAUAUUUUACCCAAAUAAAAAUUAUAAAUAC